AUGGAAUUAGAGCACCUGAAGAGGCUACGUCAGACCAACCAGGACCUUCUACAAAGGCUCAGAAUGAAGCAGGAAGAGAUCAGAAAAAGACUUCCUGGCAAGCCACUUUUUCCAGCAUACCUUCAUGAUAGAAGAGCGACUGAAAGAUCUGUCCCCUCGCCCAAGAAAGGGAAGGAAAAUCAGGUUGACGCUGUGAAGUCUGCAGCUGACCCUGCAGUGUUGGUGUCUGUGGAACCUGGAGCUUACACAGCCAGAGCAGCCCUCCGUUCAUCUCUUAAGCACAACAGCACAGACAGAGAGGUACAGCAACAACAAGCCAAAAUGCAGGAAACAGUAGGUUUGGAUUCCAGCUUUCCUGGGAAAGAGAAGAAUGUUGUGCCAGUGUCUGCAAUUGUUACAUGUGGCAGAGAAACCUCCGGAGUGGAUAGGGCUGGCCAUGCUCGAGGAAGUCCAGAGAAAGAAUCAUUCCUUCUGGGACAUGAAGAGAACAGAAAACAGUCCACUCUGCUACACAGUUUCCAUGAGAAAAAACAGCUUAGGGAUCAUCUGGACCCAUCACUGAGCAGAGUACAGAAUGAAGAGACCAGCAAGCAGCAGGAGGUCAUUAGAGAGCCCAUAAUCCAUAAAUCAAUCUUGCUGACAUCUCAGUCCAAAGAGUUGAAGGAGAAAGCUGGUCAUGUGACUUUUCAGUCUGAGCCUGAAGACUAUACCGUACCUGUGAGCAGCUGGUCCGUGCGUCCUUUCCUGGGCUAUGAUUGGAUUGCAGGGCUCCUAGAUACAAACUCUUCACUAGCAGAAAAUUCUGAUCAGUACUUUGCUGAGCUGCACGAGUUCCGACAGGCCAACAAAGAAGUGUGUAUUCACGAGCAGCACCUGGAGCCCAAGGCUCUGGAUUACGUAGUUCCUGAACAAGAACUAGAUUUGAUAACCAGUUCCCAUAAGUGUGUUUACUGUUACCGAUUAAACCAGCGCCUCUUCACUGACCCUGUGGAUUCAGAAUCUGCCUGCCCUGUGUGUAAGAUCCCACGUACUCACCAGUCCCCAGAGAUACUGGAAGAACCAGCCUAUGUCAGGGUCAGCAUUCCCAGGUCUACUCUUAUGCCUGCCUACAAAUACAAAGCCCAUCGCAGGAGGAGCUUUGAACCAGCAGACGAUCUAGCAUUACCUUCGCAUUGCCUGGCUGGCUGGGAAAAUACCCCUUCCAGGAACCCCAUGCUCAGCAGUUUGGAUCUGCGAGCUUCACUGGAAGAGAAGCCUCACCAUCCUCACCUGAACUGCAUGUCCAGAGUUUCAGAAGGAACCAGAACUAACCAGCUUCUGAACCUGACCCACUUGACCUUCACGUUUAGCAGUGCUUGUCAGCAGAGGGAGCAAAACAAACCUGGACACUACAGAACAGCUCCAAAUUUAAAUCUGACUGCCUCAACUCUGAGAACCACUGGCUUGAUUGCCUCGGGAGAGGGAUGGGCGCCGGCUACUUCUAAGCAGAUGCAUGAGCUUUCCCACCUAGGGCUGGAUAAAGUGAUAUGUACAGGAUGA